AUGUAUGGACAGAUAGCCACUGUCUUCUGUCUAGCCGCUCAAGUCUACGGAUACCAACAGAGACGUCAAAAAGCAAAUGACAAUGGUUACCGGUUGAGCAUUGAUGUCCUAAAGUCGAUCCCACAACCGCUUGCAGAGCUUCUUAGUCGGCACAUUGGACUUCAUAAUUACGGGAAGAGGACUGUAAGUACAUCAAACUACGGUACAAAAGCCACGUGGACACCUAAUGAUCAUCCGAACUAUGGAGGCGAACCCCUUGAUUGGACCUCGGAUCCGGUCUCUUUAGGGUAUAAGCUCGGGUAUGCCUUGGCGCUUGUCUAUCCAAAUGUGGCCUCAGACGUCGGUGAAUCACUGGAGAACAAGAUUAAGGAAUUCCAGAGGGCUGGUAAACGUGAUUGCAUCUGUCAAGGUCAAACAGAUUCUGGACGUGGUGUCAUUGGUACGCAUUCACACCGGGUUUCGCACCUGAAUGCCCCUAUUGGAGGGAAAAUAGGUUUACAGAAACGACUUUUCUCAAACAAGGUGCAACGGCAAAUGGCGGACACCGUAUCUUACGUGGAAACUGUAAAGAGUGAAGCUGAUAUUGAGAGUGGCACACCACAUCUGGGCAAUGGGCAAAUCAGUAAAAGCAAAACAAAACCACUUAUAAGUAAUGUAUUACAUCUAAUGCAAGUUCUUAAUAGUUUUACUAUAUCAAGAUUCAAGAAAUGACGUUAAUUAAGACAACAAUUUUGAAGCGAUAUCCCAAACCGUUUAGGAAAUGGACACAAAGGAAUGCCAAGUGGUUCCAAAGUCCAAAACACCGACAUAAUACAGGAUUUCAUCCCCGGGAUUUCAUCUGACUCAAAUAUAAGAACGAUAGACCAUGUUAAUUAACCAAUUUCCAGAUAUUUAAAAAUAGAAAGUAGAAGAUCUAGUGUAAGAUCUCAAAUGUCUUGUUUGUUCAGAAGUUAAUAGAAUACAGGUAGCUUUCAAAAUAAUAGGUG